GCCCCUGGCAACAAGGGGCUUGUGUACACAGAAGUAGCGCCGGCCGAUUGAGACCGCGGGGACGGCGCGCAGCGAUACGCGGGAAGGCGGCUCCGUUGCGGACAACCGAGAGAAAACUAAAACAUAAUUCAUUUAAAAUCAACAACAAAACGAACGAAGAAAUGCAUGCGGCAGCAUUUAGUAGUGCAAGUUAGUAAACUUUAAUAUAAACCCGCGGUUUGCGCGCGCGCUAUAUUUACCUGCGGCGGAGCGGUGCGUCAGUCGGUCUCCAUGGAGACGGGAAGGCCGCGGCCCAACUGAGAAUUUAACUUUUUUGAAGAAUCCAACCCCCAGAAGCUGUCUCCUACAUCUCUCACUCACCUCUCAUCUCCCUCUCAUCUCUCUCAUCUCUCUCAUCCCCUCUCUCAUCUCUCUUGUCAUCUCUCUCAUAUCUCCCUCAUCUCAUCUCCCUCUCAUCUCCGUCUCUCACUCAUCUCUCAUCUCACCUCUCAUCUCACUCAUCUCUCUCUCCUUCACCUCUCUCAUCCCCUCUCUCACCUCUCUCAUCUCCCUCACCUCUCUCAUCUCCCUCACCUCUCUCAUCUCCCUCACCUCUCUCAUCUCCUCUGUCGCUCCGCUUCUCUGGUGGAGCUCCGAGUCGCUCGCCCAGCGGGGAGAUGGCGGCGUUCCUAGCGCAGCAGCCCCAGAGCGAGGCCUACUACACCUUCACGAGCCGCCCGCGACCCGUGCCGCUGCGGGCCCCCUACAGACAGCCGGACGAUGGCUUGGAUCGCUUUGGCAACAUCAUGUACGACCGGCGCGUUGUGCGUGGGAACACGUACGCGCAGCACUUGCAGCCCACGUCGGCAGGGCCAGACCCCGUGGAGCUGCAGAGGCAGCAGGAGUCGCGGCGGCGCGCCCUCGCGCGCAAGAGAGCCAAGGCCGCGCUGCGCCCCUUCUCCCCCGAGCCCGUGGAGGGCCGCAAGCACGUCGACGUACAGACCGAGUUGUACCUGGAGGAGCUGAGUGGCCGUGUGCAGGAGCGCGACUGGGGCUGUCAGACGGACGCCUUCCUCGACCGCCCCGCUAGCCCUCUCUUCAUCCCCGCUAAGAGCGGGCGCGACGCCACCACGCAGAUCCUGCCGGGCGAGCUGUUUGACUUUGAGGUGGAGGUACGGCCCCUGGUGGAGGUGCUCGUGGGCAAGACGGUGGAGCAGUCGCUGCUGGAGGUGAUGGAGGAGGAGGAGCUGGCGUCGCUGCGUGCCCAGCAGCGCGCCUUCCUGGAGCUGCGCAACGCCGAGCGCGCCGAGGCCCAGCGGCUCCACGAGCAGGACCGGAGGCUGCGCGCCGAGAAGGAUCGCCGGCGGCGGCAGCAGCAGGAGGUGGUGGCGCAGGAGAAGGAGGUGGCGGACAAGGUGGCGGCGCGGGCGUUCGCCAAGCGCUACCUGGGCGACCUCAUCCCGGCCGUGUUCAGCACGCUGCGCGACACGGGAUACUUCUACGACCCCGUCGAGAGGGAUGUGGAGAAUGCGUUCAUGCCCUGGCUGAUGAACACCGUGGAGGCAGAGCUCCAUAAAGCACUGGAGGCCCGAGCUCUCCUGGACUCGAUCAUCCGCGACGUGGCAGCUCGUAGAGAGAGGAGCUACGGAGGAGGAGAGCCUUCUGAGAGCUAAGGACACCUGGGAUGUCAUCUGAAGUGACGCCAACCCAAAACAUCUUCCCCAUUCUCGGUGGUUUCAGAGGAAUCGUAAUGGCCGCGUCAAAGCCACCGAGUUCCUGGCUUCGAAUCCAGAGCUUCCCAUUCGUGUGGUAUUGCAAAAAGAAGGCGAUGUUUUAAAGAGUGUAAUGCUGUUGUGCUAUAUUGCCAAUGAGUGAGCAUAACAAUAAAUGUAAUUGUCAAA